CGAUGUAAACAAGCGGUGAAAGAGGAGACACUUUUCGACGAGUGAUUUGUACGGAGUUCCACUGCCGUGGUGUAAGGUCCGCUUUAGAGCAACAACAAUCCCUUUGUACGCUUCGAGUUACUAUUCCCUGAUUUAUAAAUUGUUACUGGACAAUUUUAAGUUUUGAUUUUAUCCAAUAAAGCAAAUCUAGUGAAGUGAGAUGGCAUUAGUUGGCAACAACCUUGACCAAUGCAGCUUUUGCUUCAAUAUAUGCAACGAGGAAUUCCGUCACGUGCUAGUCCCCUCUCACCAAGAGCAGAAACUAAAGACUAUCAUGCAGAAGUUGAGCAGUUUCACUUCCCAGUUGAGCAGUUAUCCUAUAUGCGACAAAUGCCGCGAAGAAUUCAUAACCGUCCACAACAUUCCCGAGAGCUGCUUCCACAUUUUACCCAGCACCGAACCGACUGACAUCAAGAUAGAGGCAGAGUUAAUGAUUGAUGACCACGAGCUGCCGGAUAAUGAUAACAUUUCCGACGGAGACUCAAUAGUGGAUUUUGGGCCGAAUGGGCGGAAUGAAUUACAAAUCAUAAAAGAAAACAAAGAGAUAUUCUUUAUCGAGAAAAUUAAGGUUACUGGAACAAGUACACAAAUAUCAGGUAAAUUGGAUGCUUCGCAGAAGGAAGUUCACUCAUCUUCUAUACGACAAAAAGGAGGAAUGCCGUUUAAAUGUGAAGAGUGUGAAAAUACAUUUAGCUCAAACAACGGACUCAAAAAGCACAUUCUAAUACAUACGGGUGAACGUCCCUAUCCGUGUCCACAUUGUCAGAAUGCAUUUAAAGAUCGCUCAUCGCUCCUAAGGCACAUUCGAACUCAUACGGGCGAACGUCCUUAUUCUUGUCCGCAUUGUCCGGAAGCGUUUAAUCAAGGUUCAACACUCCGAAAUCACAUUCGAACCCAUACGGGUGAACGUCCCUUUUCAUGUCCACAUUGUCCGAAAGCGUUUAAUAGACCUUCAGUGCUCCAAGACCACAUUCGAAGCCAUACGGAUGAACGUCCUUAUUCAUGUCCACAUUGUCCGAAAGUGUUUAAGCACCCAUCGACACUCAAACACCAUAUGCGAACAACUCAUACGGCUUCGUUGGAAACAAAUAAACGGACAGAAAGUAAUUUGGAUGAUUCGCAGGAGUUACAAACGGGAGCGAAACAGUUUAAAUGUGAAAAGUGUGAAAAUACAUAUAGCUCAAAAUACGGACUCAAAAAGCACAAUCUAAUACAUACGGGUGAACGUCCCUAUUCGUGUCCACAUUGUCAAAAGGCAUUUAGGGAUUCUUCAACGCUCCAAAAGCACAUUCGAACUCAUACGGGCGAACGUACUUAUUUUUGUCCGCAUUGUCCAAAAGUGUUUAGGCAACUUUCGACACUCCGAGAUCAUACUCGAACUCAUACGGGUUUGUUGGAAACAAAGAAACGAAUAGAAAGAAAAAAACCGUUUAAAUGUGAAAAGUGUGAAAAUACGUUUAGCUCAAAAAACGGACUCUUAGUGCACGUUCGAACUCAUACGGGUGAACGUCCCAAUUCGUGUCCUCAUUGUCCGAAUGCAUUCAGUGAUCCUUCAUCGCUCCAAAGGCACAUUCGAACUCAUACGGGCGAGCGUCCUUAUUCUUGUCCACAUUGCCCGGAAACUUUUAAGCAGGUUUCAACACUCCGAGAUCACAUUCAAACUCAUACGGGUGAAUCUCCAUAUCCUUGUCCACAUUGUCCGAAGGCGUUUAAGAGACCUUCAGUGCUCCAAGGACACAUUCGAAGUCAUACGGGCGAACGUCCUUAUUCUUGUCCACAUUGUCCGGAAGCGUUCAAUCAAAGUUCAACACUCCGAAAUCACAUUCGAACUCAUACGGGUGAACGUCCCUUUUCUUGUCCACAUUGUCCCAAGGCGUUUAAUAGACCUUCAGUGCUCCAAGACCACAUUCGAAGUCAUACGGAUAAACGCCCUUAUUCUUGUCCACAUUGUCCGAAAGUGUUUAAGCACCCUUCAACACUCAAACACCAUACGCGAGCAACUCAUUCGGAUUUGUUGGGAAUAAAUAAACGGAAUGAAAGCAAUUUGGAUGAUUCGCAGGAGUUACAGAUUGGAGCAAAACAGUUUGAAUGUGAAAAGUGUGAAAAUACGUUUAGCUCAAAAAACGGACUCUCAGUGCACGUUCGAACUCAUACGGGUGAACGUCCCUAUUCGUGUCCUCAUUGCCCGAAUGCAUUCAGUGAUCCUUCAUCGCUCCAAAGGCACAUUCGAACUCAUACGGGCGAACGUCCUUAUUCCUGUCCACAUUGUCCGGAAACGUUUAAGCAAGGUUCAACACUCCGCGAUCACAUUCGAACUCAUACGGGUGAACGUCCCUUUUCUUGUCCACAUUGUCCGAAGGCGUUUAAUAGACCUUCAGUGCUGCAAGAUCACAUUCGAAGUCAUACGGAUGAACGUCCAUAUUCUUGUCCACAUUGUCCGAAAGAGUUUAAGCAACUUUCAGCUCUCCGAGAUCAUAUUCGAACUCAUACGGGUUUGUUGGAAACGAAUAGUAAUUUGAGUGAUUCGCAGGAGGAAGACGGGAGGGAUACCGUUUAAAUGUGACAAGUGUGAAAAAACAUUUGAUUCUAAAUCCAGACUAUAUAUACACGUUAGAAUUCAUACAGAUUUGUCCUAAAACUCAAUUCAAUGAACCAUUCAAAAAAGUAAUUUCGUUGCAGGUGAACAUCCCCAUUCGUGUCCUCAUUGUCCAAACGAAUUUAGUGAUCCUUCAUCGCUCCAAGAGCACAUUCGAACUCUUACGGGCUGGUAAAAAAAAGUUUUACUAUAAUACUACCUUGAGAAACCUUGAAAAUCGGGGAAUAUCAGGGAAUUAAAAACAUGCAAGGGAAAAACAGGGAUUUCAUCACCAAUCAGCUCUUCCUUCGGAGCGGAAGUAAAAGAAGUUGGCCCGGCUCAUGAGUUGUUGAGUCUGAUAGGUAGGAACAGGUGGAGUCGCCUCCCUGAUGUCGGUGAUUGGCACUAAAGUGGCGGAAAUAGGCCGACGAAAAAUAAGCGAAGAUAAAAAAAAAAAAAUCACCAAUCAGGGGAGGAAUGCAAUUCCGUCGAUUAGAAUCUUGAUUAUUGUAGUAAUUAUUAAGUUAACAAAUAUCGCAAAUAUAAACAAAUCAGACUAUAUAUCCCACACCAACAAA